AACCCUCCUUACGAAAUGUCUUUUGCACUCAAGAGCAGAGAAGAAGAAGAAGAAAAAGAUGAUGAUGAGAAAAUCUACAAGAGAUACAUAGAAAUUGUUGCGACUACACUUCCCACAAUAGAAGGUUGGUCGGGUAAACCGAGCUACCAGUACCAAGGCUUUUGGCACAACUCUGGAGCGUCUGGUGUUGGACCUUUAGCAUUUCAAGAUCACUUCAAGGCACGACCCAGUGACAUUUUUCUUGCUAGCAUCCCCAAGUGUGGCUCAACUUGGCUGAAAUCUCUAGCCUUUGCUGUCAUGAAUCGCAAAUCUCACCCUCCUUCAGCUCAGCCGCAACACCCUUUGUGCAUAUUGAACUCACACGAUCUCGUGCCAGGGUUGGAGGGGAUGCUAUAUAACAAUAAUUUAAAUGGCAGCCGAAUUCCAAACCUCGAUAUCCUUCCAUCGCCUCGACUGUUUAGCACACACAUGCCUUACACAUCACUACCCCAAUCUGUAACACUUUCAGGAUCCCGGAUUGUUUAUAUCUGCCGGAACACCAAUGAUAAUCUAGUAUCGUGGUGGCAUUUUAUCAACAAGGUAAGAUCCAACAAUUCUUUAGAGCCCGUGAAACUGGAAGAAGCCAUCGAGUUGUUCUGCAAAGGGAUGUCUUCACUUGGGCCAUUUUGGGAACAUGUGUUGGCCUAUUGGAAAGCGAGCUUAGAAAGGCCUCAAAAUGUACUAUUCCUCAAGUACGAUGAGAUGAUCGCUGAACCAGCCCUUCACUUGAAAAGAAUUGCAGAGUUUAUGGGGUGCCCUUUCUCUUCAAUGGAAGAGAAGGAAGAGGUGGUCGAUCAAAUAAUAAAGCUCUGUAGUUUCGAGAAUUUAAGCAAUUUGGCAGUGAAUAAAACUGACAAAAAUGGUACUGGUAUUCCGAACAGUGCCUUCUUCAGGCAAGGUAAAGUUGGAGAUUCUGCAAAUUACCUCACAACUGAGAUGAUGGAGCAGCUUGAUCGCAUCACAAUGCAAAAAUUGCAUGGUUCGGGCUUGAUACUCUAAAUUAAUUAUCACUUAUAUAUUUAUCUUAGUUUUCCUAUUGUAUGUUGCUCAUUUUGGU